ACGGGCCCGGGACCGGGCGGGAGGGACCGGACGGACCCCUCCGGUACCGCGCGGUUCGUGCCCCCGCACAGCCGCGCGGGGAGCCCCCCGCGGGGGCUCAGGAUGAGCGUUUUGUUGGACCAACGCCCCCCGCCCGCGGGCGCGUCUGGGCUCACGGUGAACCGACACCCCCCCUCCCCGCGCUCCCUCGGGCUACGGUGAGCGGUGCCCGGGUUUGGGCCCUUCGGAGAGCACGCUGUGAACGCCAGCUGGAUUGCAGUGCAGGAGCUGGAGAAGCUGGGACUGCGGGAGGACGUGGAUCUGCACGUCUACGAGGUCCCUGUCGAAUACCAGACAGUGCAACGACUCAUUCCUGCCUUGUGGAAGAAGCACAGCCCCCAAGUGACUGGUGGUUCACGUGGGAGUUUCGGGCAUGGCCACGACGGUCACCCUGGAGAAGUGCGGCCACAACGUGGGUUACAAAGGGCUGGACAACUGCCGGUUCUGCCCGGGCUCCCAGUGCUGCGUGGAGGGGGGCCCGGAGUGCAUCGACUCCAUCAUUGACAUGGACACAGUGUGCAAGAGGGUCUCGGCGCUGGGGCUGGACGUGGCCGUCACCAUCUCCAAGGACGCCGGCAGGUACCUCUGCGACUUCACUUACUACACCUCCUUGUACCAGAGCCGUGGGAGGUCGGCGUUUGUUCACGUCCCUCCGCUGGGAAAACCGUACUCCGCAGAACAGCUGGGCCGGGCCCUGCAGGCCAUCAUAGAGGAAAUGCUGGAUCUCUUGGAGCACUCCGAGGACAAAAUCAACUGUCAGCAUGAACACUGAGCACGGGCAGAGGCCAUCCUGGUGUUGCACUUCUGGAAUUUUCCCCAUUGCUCAAGUACUGGGGGGGAAAAAAAAAACACACACGUAAGGAAAACAAAAAAAAACCCCGGGCUGAGACGUUCCAGACCCAGAAUUGGAGAUUCCCAAAAAAAAACAAAAAAAAAAAAGGAAAAUUCAGCUUCUAGAAAUGGACAUUUUUUAUUUGUCAAAUCUCUGAGUUUCAGCCUUGGCAGCAAAGGGUUCAAGCUCUCUUCUUUCGAGACACCUGCAGCUCCUCGUUCCUGAGUGACUCGAGUGGGAGCUUCCCUGUCAGCCAGGUGAUGGAAUCCGGCACGGAUGGGAAGUUCCUCACCCGGACCUGGCCUUCAAAGGUGCAGGGAAUGGAUAACCCAGCCCUCUAAUGACUUGUUCUUGAGUUGAAAGGUUUGCUUUCAGCCGGUUUUGGGUUUCUUUCCAACCCCCCCCACCCCUCUCUUUGACCCAAAUUAGAGGUAAAAGUACAGCUGGAAAGAGCUGGAAUGGCGUGGGACUGCCAGUUUGGUGGGGAUGAGGAGUCUCCAGUUGCUCUGCUGAAAUGGAAAAUGAUUUUAGGCACUGACUCCUCCCCCCCACACCCUCCACAUGUCAGUGGGGUCUCUGUAACGUGCUGGUUAAGCCUAGCUGCAGGUGGAAGGGAUGGAUUUGGGUUCCUCUUGCGCGGUCAACACCUGUAAAUAUUCCUAUUUUGGGUGCUCUCUGCUAUUCCAGGGGAAAAUCCGGAGCAGGAUUUGGUUUUUUGGGGGCCAAACUCUCGCCAAAUAUUCCCAAAUGUCUUUUUUUUCCCCCCAACUCCCUCCCUCGAGUCGACCGCGUACCUCCUGCACCCAAUGCAUGCGUGUCUGAAACGGAUCAUCAGCGGUCCAAGGGCUCUGCCAAAGGCCAGCUUUGUCCUGGCCUCUUGGUGCUUCCCUGUUAAGGUUUCAAAGUGAAGGUUGAGUAAUUUAUAACUCUUUUAGUUGCAGAUUUUUCCAGGUUGGGGAGGGUGAUGUUUUGACCGAAACCCGAGUUGCUGCCUGGGGUUUAGCGGAGGCAUCAGAACUUUCCCCGGAGUUAUUUCGGGGAAGGGUGCGGGCAGGAUCAGAGCAGGACUUGAAAAGGGGAGAUUGAAAAGGGGGUGUGGAGAUUUUGCUGCCAAAUCACGAGAUUCCAACAAAAACCAGAAGAUUUUGCAGCGGAAACAGACUCAAAAUUGGUGAUUGAGGAACCUUUCGGGCUCGUUGAGGGGCCUUUUAAGUGAAAGAAGUCUGUGAUUUGAAUUAAUACUUUUACAAAUAUAUAUAUAUAUAUAUAAACCAAAUUUUUUAAACAUUUUAAAACCCCCAUUCUUUUAGUUUUUCCAAUGCUGACUGGCUCUGUUAUAGUAUCUCUCAGUGAGAGCUGCCCUGGACUUGCUGGGAAAAAUAGGAUGAAAAAUAGGAACUGUUUGCCGGGAAAAAUAGGAUGGCAAAGGACAAACCACUCCUUGUAACCCUUGGGAGAGGACAAAGAUUUUUCCAGCUGCAAGAACUCUCCCGGGGGCACCUGUGGAUGAAGAGUUUUGGGCAGACCCAGGGGAAAUUCCCUCUGUUUUCCCUCUCCAUGCUCAGUCAAAAGAAUUCUCCUUUCCGAUGGAAAUACCCCCCAUCAAAUCCGAGGUAGCACUUAUCAGACUUUCUGAUUAGUAAUUUAUUCUAUUUAAUAUUUUGUUGAAAUCUUCGUGGUUUGAUGCUUUUUUUUAUUUUAUUUUUUUUUCUUUUGGUGAUUAGUGGAGCUACUUAUCCCGUAGGUUUAUCCCUUUGGUGGUGGGAAGUUUUCCUUCUGGGUGUUUCUUAGCUGCUAAACUCGGGAACGAGGAGUAUCCCGGGAGCUUUGGUGAUGGAGUCACUUCCAGUUAAACUGUUUUAUUCUCCCUGUGGAUAAAACAGGAGUGGAAGAUCAGAUUACUGUGAGGUGAUAACAGAAUUCCCAGUGUGGAAUUGCAGCAGGAGCGGGAAGGGCUGGAUGGAGCCGCGGGGAGGGUCCCUGAGCUGGGUGGGCUCCGUGAGGGAUCCGUGUCUCCAGGUGAGGUGUUCCCUGUCUAUCCCUGCCUGCUGGGUGUUCCCACACCCUCUGGAGCCUCGGAGAUCCCGCUGGAUGGGGCUGGUGGCUCCAAAUCCUCCGGCAAGGGAGCUCAGACGGCAGCAGUUCCGUGGGAAGAGCUUCCCACGCCGGUUUGUUCAGCCUGGGGAGUUACAUCCCGUUCAACGCCCAGAAAUAUUCCUGCUUUGGGUGCUCUCUUCUAUUCCAGGGGAAAAUCUGGAGCAGGUUGCUGUGCCUGCUGCUGUCUAAGGACCACAGGUGCUUGGCCUUGGAUGUGUCAGCAUUAAAAAUCCCUUUUUUUUUUUUUUUUAUGGGAAAUGAUUCUCUUUGGGCGUCACUCCGAGCUCUGCAUUUCCUCCUGAUCUGUUCUUGAGAAGCUCCAUGGGAUCAAUUCUUUUAGAAAACAUAAUUUAUUUUAUACUCUUUUUUUUUUUUUGGGGGGGGGGGGGAAGGGCAGGGAUGGAAUUUUUGAGAAUUAGUCCUGAGAUUGAGUUUGUAAAGGGCGGCGUGGUCAUAGAGAAAUUCCGCGUAGCAAAACUUGGGGCAAAAAAAAAAUGGCAUUAAACUGAUUUUAUUUAAUCUGACCUAAAUUAAACACUUUUUUUUUUUUGGGAGCAGGGGGUGGGUGAUUUCAAAGCUUUUUUUGUUGAAUCCACCAAGCUUUUCCUUCAGGUGCACAUAUUUUCUAUGGGAAUAGGAUGUCCAAACUGAGGCAGAGCUUCCAAAAGCUCGUGUUUUGUGUCAUCCUGUAUUUUGCUCCCUUUUCCAGCUCAUCAGUAAAUAGGAAUUUGCUAAUUUGCACUGACUGGGAGACCCGUUGCCAAGCCCAAAAAAAAAACAACUUUGUGCUAGUGAGUGAAAGUGUAGGAAAUUCAGCUGGAGUUGUUCAUCCCCCCCCCCUGUGCCUGUCACUUUGGAAAAACCUGACUGCAAAAUUGGGGAUAUGGAGAGAUGGGGCUGUGAGGGUAUUUGGUGUGGAAGAGGGAAUUUAGGGAGGUUCCACUGGAUGGGGGUCUGAUGUCAUUUAUCUGCUUGGAGCAAGGGGGGACUGGCCAAUGUGCUGGGGAGAUUUGGGGUGGCAGUUGGGUUGUUCCAGUCAUUCAGUGCUGCCGAGGGUUUGGAGGAACUCCAGGUGCUCCUCAAUGUCUUCAUUUGGUGGUGCUGCUGUCAGGAGGUGAAUUAAACACGGGGGAUCUGCUUCAUAACCACGGGGGAAAAGGGAAUUGUGAGCCUGGAAGGCUCUUUUCCUUAAGGAUUCACGUGGGAUUGAUGAUCCCAAUGAAUUCCUCCCGACCUGAGCGAUCCCGGAUGAGGAUUUUUUUUCACCUGGUGCAGAAACUGUUUGUGAUCUUUUUGUGGGGGCCAGUUUUUGGAGAGAAUCUCGAGGCCUGUCAGCAGUUCAAUUACUUGGAGCAUUCCCCAGCCUGGCUGUUUCCUCCCAGCCGUGGGAGAGAGGUGGGAAGGGAUGGCAGAGGUCAUGAAGAGAGGUUCGAGGUGUGGAGUGGGGUUGGUGGCGUGAGCUCCCAGAGUUCCUUCCAGGGGAGUCCUGACUUGGGGGGGGGGGUGUUCAGACUUCACAAAAAAACCUGAACUGUUUGCUCUGCUCUCACCCCUAAAAGGAGGGAAUUUUUGGGAGAAAUUUUUUUUGUUGUUUUUGGCAGAGAUGGAGAAAAGGAAUUGCAGGGGGAGGAGCUUCUUCAAACCAAAAAAAAAAUGGGAAAACCCUGAAAAUGAGGGAAUUGGUGACUCCCCCCACUGCCAAAGCUGCAGCAGCAGUGACGGGCUGGCCGUGGGGUUUCCUGGUUUAAUUUGUUGUGACUCGGGAAUCUUUUGGAAUUUCCUCCUGGAUUUCUCACUCCCAGCAGGUUCUCAGACACAGCUGCUGCAGGAGGGAGUGGUGGUGUCUGAAAGCUGCCUGAAAAUCAGGAUGUUUAGACAUAAGAAUUACUUGGUUUUAAUUAAUUUUUUUAAUUAAGAUUUUCAAAUUUCACUCCUCCACCCUGCCCCUUCCACUGCAGAUGAAACCGUCAGGAUUCACUUGUACAGAUCCUUUCCCAAAGUAACUUCCUCCCCUUUGAUCUCCUUUCCUUUAAUACUUUAUCCAAUAAUAUUUUAACGAUUUAAUUUUAUUUUAACGAUAGGAAUUUCAGAGUUGCAAAGGCUCUUUAGAACUUUAUGGACUUGGAAUAAACCCCCCCUCCUUGUUGAUACCGUAAAUACUCGUCUUGAUGUAGAUGGAUUUGUUAUUUUUGCACCAGAACCCCUAAUUUUUUGCAGUAUAAAGUGCACUUUUUCUUAAAAAAAAAAACAACAGACUUGUAUUCCUGUCUGAUGAGUGUCUUAUGUGCUGAAAGUGAUAUUCUGCCAAAGCUCCAAAGCUGAGGAUGUCGUUAAUUCUUCGAGGUACUGAUUGGAACCCCGAGAUCUGCUUCUGCUCAGUCUGAUUUUAAGGCAAAGCAGAGAAGGGAAAUCGCCUCCCCGUGGACAGGAAUUAAAAGAUGGGAAACGGAACUGCUAUCACUGCCCUUAAAAUAAAACUCCGUGGUACUUCAAACACUUCACUUCACACCUUCAGGUUUCCUCUCUCGCACCAGCUUCUUAAAUCACAAAAUGUUUACUUCUGAUGAUCAGGGAGUGCCUUGCCCUGUGCUGGGCUUCACGUUUGGGAAGCAGAGCGGGCGGGGAGGGCGAUGGAUUUGGGGUGGGGAAAAAACUGGGCUGAAAACUGCUGGAAAAAAAAGUGGUGGGGAAUCCCCCCCCGCUGUGGUUGCUGAGGAUGCCCUUCAGAGGUGGGAGCUCUCCAGGCUCGCUGACACAAACACGCAGGGACCUGACAAAAAGGGAAGGGGCGGAGGAUUUGCCACCUCAUUCUCACUUUUUGGCUUGGCUUGACCCCAAAUUCCUGAGUUUUGGGAUUUUUUUAUCUUUUUUUUUGAGUGAGGUGUUUGUCCAGCUGGUGAAACCCGCAGUGUGUGUCUGGGUAUCUCAGGUGUUUCUCCCACCUCGUGCUUGUCAGGACCUCUUGGAGCAACAACCCCGAUGCCCUCGGGGCUCCCGUUCCCUCCGUGUGUUCUUGCAGUGCCUUGUAAACCCCAACAACCCCCCCAGCUCCGUGUCCCAAAGGGGCUGUGUCCUCUCAGCUUGUACUGCCAGACUGGACUUUGUAACUGAGGAUUUAAACCCGUGUUUCAAAGGAAAUAAAGAGUUUAACUCUGG